UACGCAUUAAACAUUAAGCAAGCUGCUGCAGAGAGUAGCAGAGCAACAAACCAUAAUACUGUAGCAAGAGGCACCUAUCAACGAUCCAGUGAUCAAGAGUGAUCAAGGAGAGAUCAAUCUGUUUCCAUGGCGUCUGAGCAGCAAACGGGUGAUGAGGCCUCUCUCCCCAGGGAAGAGGCUGUGUGCCCGGGCUGUCAGGGAUCAGGGCCCCUGGUCCUGCCGUGUGGCCACAGCCUGUGUGAGACCUGCCUGGGGCUGUGUGAGGGUGAGCUGGGCCAGGGGGGCUGUACGGUCUGCUACGGCAGAGACCUGCUGGACUGCGUCCUGAAGAGACUGCUGGAUUCCCUGUUCCAAGGGCAGCCGCGGCGGGCCAGGGAUGGAGGGGUAGAGGACGGGGGCAGGGAGCUGUGUCCUCUGCAUGGGGAGAGGCUGACAUUGUAUUGUGUGGAGGACAAGGAGAUGGUGUGUGUGGAGUGUCAGAGCGAGGAGCACGACGACCACGAGUGUUGUCCCACGGAGCAGGCUGUGCACGACUGCAAGAGGGAGCUGACGUCUGCCCUGAGACCUCUACAGGAGAAGCUGGAGGCUCUGAACACUGUCAAACAGACCUGUGAGGAGUCAGCUGAACACAUCAAGAGCCAGGCACAGCAGACUGAGCGCCUGGUGCAGCAGCAGUUUGAGAAGCUGCACCAGUUCCUCCGGGACGAGGAAGCUGCUGUGAUCUCUGCUCUGAAGGAAGAGGAGCAGGAGAAGACCCAGAGGAUGAGGGACAGGAUAGACAGAACAACAGACCAGAUCAACUCUCUAGCUGAGGCCAUUGAGGUGACGGUGAAGGCCAUGGACACAGGUGAUGACAUAUCCUUCCUCAAGAACUUCAAGAGGACCUCUGAGAGGACUCAGGUGACAGUGCAGGAGCCAGAGGAGGUGGCAGGAGCUCUGCUGGACGUGGCCAAACACCUGGGCUGUCUCAGCUACAGAGUCUGGGAGAAGAUGCAGGACGUCAUUACAUACACUCCUGUGACUCUGGACCCCAACACGGCUGAUAUCUGCCUGUCUCUGUCUGAGGAUCUGACCAGCCUGCGGUACACAGAGGAGGAGGAGCGACUCCCUGACAACCCAGAGAGGUUCUGUUACUAUGAGUGUGUCCUGGGUUCCGAGGGCUUCAGCUCUGGACGACACACCUGGGACGUGGAGGUGGGGGUGAACAGCGAGUGGGCCGUGGGGGUGGCACGGGAGACGGUCUCGAGGAAGGAGUGGUUCCCCCCGAGCCCAGAGAGGGGCCUGUGGACCAUCUGUUACUAUGGAGGUGAAUACCGCGCCCGCACGGCCACCGCUACUCCCCUGGUCCUGAAGAGAAGGCCCCAGGAGGUCAGAGUGCAGCUGGACUGGGACAGAGGCAGGGUCAUCUUCUCCGACGCCUCAGACAACACCCUCAUCUACAAGUUCCAACACAAGUUCACCCAGAGAGUGUUCCCUUACUUCUCCAACACCUGCAAGAGACAUCCUCUGAGGAUCUCAGCCGGGAAGGUGUCAGUUACAGCGGAGUAGCUUGGUUUAUUAAUUAAGAGCUGAUUUGGUAAACCUAUAGUUAGGGACAUUAAAAAGCCGUUGCUGCAGAACAGGUAAAAACAUUUGCUUUAAAGUGGAUGCACCUAUGCUGCAGCAAAGGCAUUUUGUAAAAGUCACUUUUUUAUGCAGCUACGUGACUGCUUUCUGUCUCUCUGGGUUCCAAUCUAAAUAGAUAAUUAUUGACUCUUUCUCUGGGUUCUAAUUUAAAUAGAUAAUUACUGACUCUCUGUGUUCUAAUCUCAAUAGAUAAUUACUGACUCUUUCUCUCUCUCUUUGUUCUAAUCUCAAUAAAUAAUUACUGACUUGUGCAGCAAUGUAAACCUGCACGCUAUAAAAUACCUUUAGUCUUUAGAGUGUAUGAAUGCAGGGCUUGAAUGACUUCCAUAGAUUUGCACUAAUUUCAUUUAACAGUAGCAAUGUGGUGCAUUAUAUGGUUUCUUUGAUAGGGUACAUUAUAAAAGGUGUUGGUAACUUUUGAUAUACACUGUAUUGUUUGCAUAAAAGGUUUUGCUUGUUUUCCUGUCCCAUGCUUUCAGGACAAUUUUUGCACAAAAAAAUUAUUGUAGUUAAGCAGGCCUAAAGUAAUGUAACAAUGAUAAAAUGACACAUACAACUGUUUUAAAACCUAUUUGUUGAUUGACAGUGUGAUCAUUAGGCUGUUCACUUGUCCAUAGCUUGCCCAUAUGAACGAACAUAAGACAUAUAAAGAUCUGUUGUGGUUGUGUGACAGUGGUUUUCAGAUGUUGUGUCUUUGGCAUCAUUAAAACUGAAGACAUGUUUAUC